CUUGUAAAGACGCAAACUAUUGAUCCCAAUUUUAAAUAAGAAUUUUGGGCAUUUCUGGAUUAAAUUAUUGCAUUACUUGACAAAGUUGAUAAAAUACUAAUAAGCGUUCAUCACGAAAAGUGACGCGUUUGAAAUGGCAAACAUAACAACAAUAUGUUUCAAUUUAUCAACGACUAACGCUAGUAUCUUGAGUAAUGAAAGUACGACGUCAUCCACAAGUGAUUCUUGUCUACUGGAUGAUAAUUAUCGUCAUUGGUUCUUGAUUCCUGCCGUUGCAAUAUUGACAAUAUUAGCCUUUUUAAAUCGUCGUAAGAGCUUUAAGACUGAAAUGUUUAAAGGUCGUCCUGGUGUUGUGAUUCCGAUAGAUUUUCUGGACAGAAAUCGUAACACAAUUGUAACUUUAUUUGGAGCAAUAACUGGUUCUAUUUUGUUGCUUGUACUGAAAGUUUUUACUUCUCAUGACAAUCCUUGGGCUAAAGCCUUCCUGACCAUUUUAUUUUGUAUUGAGAUUGCUUUUCUCUUUUAUCCAAUCUUUGGAUGUUUGGCUUCACAUUAUCGUAUUAUUGGAUCAUUGUUAGGCUUUAGUUACAGUCUAUCGCUUUUCUUGGUAGGAACUAUUAAAGAUAUUGAAUUUUAUCAGAAGUGCGCGAACAAUUAUUAUCUUUUUCUUACUGUCGGAGACAUCCCAGUAAUUCUUUGUCAACUCUUUAUUACUGGCAAAUUUUUGAUCGUGUUAUUUAAAGAGAGAAAGAAUUUUGGUCAACUAUUCUAUGAUGAGACCAAAGAUAAUUCUAUCAAUGCAAAACUUUCAUUGCCAUGGUUCAAUGAUUAUGUCAAAAAUAUUUUUUAUCCAAGACAAACACCUGACCACUCCAAAGUUUUAUCAUACUUAAGGAAGAUCUACAAUCCUCAUAAAUAUUUUAAAUUUUCAACUCAUACUUUAUCUGUAUUGAUGGUUUGUUGUAUUAUUUUAUAUGGCACAACAAUUCCUGUUAUUAUAAUUGUUGCUCGAUUCUUUAACGUUAGCGACCAAAAUUCAUCUUUGGAAGACGUUAUUCAUGGCAUUCGUGAUUCCUUAAUCGCAGCGUUGAUUCUCACGUCUUUGUUUUGUGCGAUCUCCCUUCUUCGUUUUAUGGAGAACCAUAAAAAUAACAUGUUACGAAUGUUCAAAGGUGAUAAAUCCUUCAUUACAAAAGGAAUAAAAUCUUCACAGUUUAUGAUUGGAAAAUGUUUGAGAUAUCAAAGUUUUCAAAUUGGUUAUUUUCUUUGGGGUUAUUUGUUACAGUGGCUUAUGUUGUUCCUUAUUUGUGGUUUUUUCUACUGUCUAAAGUUUUCAAUUUUUCGAAAACGGGUGUUGAAUCCUGUCAAAGUAGCAAGCGUUUUCUUUGCUGUAGGACUAUUAACUAAACUUACUCUUCCUUUGACUGCUGUGACAAUUUUCCGUGAUCCUGAUUACAAUAAAAAUAUAAUAUCCAUGAACAACAGGAACGCGUAUUUAGUAUUUUCCUAUUUUUGGUUCUUCAUUGGUCUUCCCAUGGGAAUACUUUCAGCAUUGUCACGUAUUUUCAAAGCGAUGAUAAUUGGGCUUAUCUUGUUACCAAGAGUGGAUCAUAGUGUUUUGCCUGAAGGUUUUCAACGACUUGAUCCUGGUUAUAUUUCGUACAUCGCCUAUCUUCAUGUUCAAGCUACAUUUAGAAAUCCUAUUUUACGAGUAUUUUGUCAAACAAUCUUUGACAGAAAAAAUGGUCUCCGUCAAUGGAAAUGCUCACCUCAAGCACGCACCAGGUGGUUCCUUGCCUUAACUUUGACCCGCAAUCCUGAGAUCAUCAGUUAUCGUAAAGAUAAAGAAAAAAUUUCAAAUGAUAAAGCUAGCGUCAGUUCUGGUAUAGAUAAUGCGUUCGGUUUGGAGAAAACCAAUUUAAUUGUUUGAGUUAUGAUUGUUUGUUUCGUUUGUUAUAGUGCUUUUCAUAUUUACAUAGUUGAGAAGAUGAAUGAAACUAGAAAUGUAGUUUUCAAUUUAAAGUUCAAAUAUGACAGGUAUUAGAAUGAUGCGAUAGAGGUAUUUUACUGCACAGAAAGUCCAUUAAAGUGCAAGCAUUUAUUAAAAAAUAGAAAUAAAAACAUUGAAACUGUGAAA